CAGGCUCGCGCUGCUCCCGGCCUGUCUUUGCAGCCGCGGGCGGCGGCACCAUGGGGCGCGCGUGAGGCCGAGCGGGGUCGAGCCCCCGGUUUGUGAAAUGGAGGUCUUCAGCAUAUUUCCAGGAUUCCUGCUGCUAUACUGGCCUAUACUCUGAUCCUGGUGUGAUGGACAGGUAACAGAAGAUUGUACCACUUUGCUGUCAGAGAACCAGAAUGACUGAGUGCUUCCUGCCUCCUACCAGCAGCCCCAGUGAACACCGCAGGGUAGAGCACAGUGGAGGUCUUGCUCGUACCCCAAGCUCUGAAGAAAUCAGCCCAACAAAAUUUCCUGGAUUGUACCGAACUGGUGAGCCUUCGCCACCUCAUGACAGCCUCCAUGAGCCUCCCGAUAUAGUGUCUGAUGAUGAGAAAGAGCAUGGCAAGAAAAAAGGAAAAUUUAAGAAAAAGGAGAAAAGAACGGAAGGCUAUGCUGCUUUUCAAGAGGACAGCUCUGGUGAUGAAGCUGAAAGUCCUUCUAAGCUGAAGCGAUCCAAGGGAAUUCAUGUCUUCAAGAAGCCCAGCUUUUCCAAAAAGAAGGAAAAGGAUUUUAAAAUAAAAGAGAAACCCAAAGAUGAAAAACAUAAAGAUGACAAACAUAAGGAAGAAAAACAUAAAGAGAAGAAGUCAAAAGACUUAACAGCAGCAGAUGUUGUAAAACAGUGGAAAGAAAAGAAAAAAAAGAAAAAGCCAACUCAGGAGGCAGAGAUACCUCAGCAAGAUGUUCCAAGUCAUAGACCUGUGUUUGGGAUUCCUUUGGCUGAUGCAGCAGACAGGACCAUGAUGUAUGAUGGCAUCCGCCUGCCAGCAGUUUUCCGUGAAUGUAUAGAUUAUGUAGAGAAGUAUGGAAUGAAAUGUGAAGGCAUCUACAGAGUUUCAGGAAUAAAAUCGAAGGUGGAUGAGCUGAAAGCAGCCUAUGAUCGAGAAGAAUGUCCCAACCUGGAGGAGUAUGAGCCCAAUACUAUAGCCAGCUUGCUGAAACAGUAUCUGCGUGAACUGCCAGAAAAUUUGCUUACCAAAGAACUAAUGCCCCGUUUUGAAGAUGCUUGCGGAAAGAGCAAUGAGGCUGAGAAAGUUCAGGAGUGCCAGCGGUUGCUGAAGGAGUUGCCAGAGUGUAACCACCUCCUGAUUUCUUGGUUGAUAGUGCAUAUGGACCAUGUUAUUGCAAAGGAACUAGAAACAAAAAUGAACAUCCAGAACAUUUCUAUAGUGCUCAGCCCUACUGUCCAGAUCAGCAACCGUGUCCUGUAUGUAUUUUUUACACAUGUCCAAGAGUUCUUUGGGAAUGUGACUCUAAAGCAGGUGACGAAACCCCUUCGCUGGUCUAAUAUGGCAACAAUGCCAGCUCUGCCAGAAACACAAGAAAGCAUUAAAGAGGAAAUCAGGCGCCAGGAGUUUCUUCUGAACUGUUUACACCGAGACUUGCAGGCAGGGAUAAAAGACUUAUCCAAAGAAGAGAGAUUAUGGGAGGUGCAAAGAAUUUUAACAGCCCUCAAAAGGAAACUAAGAGAAGCUAAGAGACAGGAGUGUGAGACUAAGAUUGCCCAAGAAAUUGCCAGCCUUUCUAAAGAGGAUGUCUCUAAAGAAGAAAUGAAUGAAAAUGAAGAAGUUAUUAAUAUUUUACUUGCACAGGAGAAUGAGAUCUUGACAGAACAAGAAGAGCUACUGGCAAUGGAGCAGUUUUUACGCAGACAAAUUGCCUCUGAGAAGGAAGAGAUAGACCGCCUCCGAGCAGAAAUAGCAGAAAUUCAAAGUCGCCAGCAGCACGGUCGAAGCGAAACCGAGGAAUAUUCUUCUGAGAGUGAAAGUGAGAGCGAAGAUGAGGAGGAGCUGCAGAUAAUCUUGGAAGAUUUGCAAAGGCAAAACGAAGAGUUAGAGAUAAAGAACAACCACCUGAACCAGGCGAUUCAUGAGGAGCGAGAGGCCAUCAUUGAACUGCGGGUGCAGCUCCGGCUGCUCCAGAUGCAGCGAGCAAAGGCUGAGCAGCAGGUGCAGGAAGAUGAAGAGUCAGACAAGCGCGGAGGGGGUUCUCAGCAGCAAAGAGACAGUGUCCUGGAGACAAAAGCAGCUAAAGAGCAGCCAAAGGCAGUCAAGGAGCAAGUCAAGCCAUCGCCAAGUAAAGACAGGAAGGAAACUCCCAUCUGAUCCUCCUCGGGGAUUCAGAGAAUCAACUGGACUGAGCAAGGACUGUGCAACUUACUGUAAUUCUGAAACUACAACUGCACAAAUGGAUAAUGGCUGUGUACAUGAUGUAAAGAAUCUUAUCUUUUAAACCCUGGAGACGUUAGUCUCCUUCAUACUUGUGGCUUCUACCCAUCAUGCUCAGGUGAGUUUGGAGGGGCCAGAAGAGUUUUCCAGCUAAUGUCAGAUGGUUUCAAGACUGACAUGCUUCUGGUGACUUAAAUAAAACCAUUACUGAAUUAUUCUAAGCCAAAAUAAUGAUUUGCUUUCAUCAGAGCAUAGUUGGAAGAUCUCCUUUCCAAUAACCCACCCACAAUCAUUAAUUAUUUGCCCUGUGGAUCUGUUGAUUCUCAUUAAUUUCUGUUUAUCUACUCACUCUUGCUUGUGCCUUUUAUACCUAAUGCAGAUUAUACAAGGGAGCUUUAAAUUAUUUCCUGAUUGGCUAAAAAAAACUGAAGGCUUAUCACUGUUACCUAACAAAUGCCCUCCUACAAUUCUACAAUGUACUAAAUUUUUUUUUUUAAAUCUCACAAAUUAUAUUUGUCCCUGUCCAGUGGAAACACUCAUCGAGAGCUAUUGAAGUCCUUUGACAAGUUAAUUAACCCAUUUGCUGGUUUGGAAACAAGCACUCGUAUCUAUUGUGUAUGUUGUAUUCAUGCUGCUAGCAUAGAGCAACAGCCUUCUCUUGUUUAGAGAAAGGGGCCUUUUGUAAAGGUUUCAUCCCUCUGAUCAGUAAACCUUCAACUGAUGCGCAGGUUAGUAGAGGGGAGGGAUUAGGUUGCUUGCUUAAGUUCUCUUUGCCUGAUCAAGCAAUAUAUAUUCAAGUCAUCCAUUGCUUUCCAGAGAAGCCUGAGAAAAGAUGCCCAGUGGAGAAAGCAGGGUUCAGCAAUAGACUUUGUUUUUUUCCUUUCAUAAGAGUAACUGUGAUUUGCUUUUGGUUCAGCUAUUUACUGCUACCAGCAAUCAAAGGCCUCCAUAAAAGCUGGGAUUUUAGGGCCAUUUUUUGUUUCAAAUGCACUCAUUUAUAUCAGUUCAUCUAAACAAUAGUCCUGAGACUGGUCAGGGAUAGUUAGCUCAGCUAUUGACAAUAACUCCAUAGAGUGCACCAUGCCUACUUUAUUUCUAGAAUCUGGAUAUUUAUUUUCCGCACGUGUUGGACAUGGUUGUAUUCUUUACCUAUUGCACUGUUGUGAAUCAUUGGCCAUGAUUUGAUUUUGUACAAAUAAUGCUUUGAUAUGUUAUAGAAAACAGCAUAAUAUUUUUUUAAAAAUUUGGAGAAAAGAAUUUAUAAGAGACUGAAAAUGUGGUCAGAUGACAAAUGUAAACUUGUAAAGUGUUCUCUCUCCCUUGCCUCUCUGUUACAUGCAUUUUAUAUUUGCUGGCAAUAUUUAAGCUUUUUUUUUUGUUUUAAAUUCAUACUAAUUCCUAUCAAGUUGUCAUGAUUUUUUCUAAUCGGUGUUCUUCAGACAAAUCUCUUAAUAAUUGUUAACUUUUCUUUUGUUAGGACCAUAUUUAUCAAACAAAUAAAUUCAACAGCCAUUUGAAA